UCGCGCGCGCUCAGUAACCGGUUGGAAAAUGGCACAUACAUCUUUACAAAACUGUGUCUCAAUUGCUGACUUAAGCCCAAACAUCACACACCCGUCUGUGGUUGGGAUUAUUAUUGGAAAGACUGAUGCAAGGGGAUUUCCUGACAGAAAAAAUGUUGGCUCAGAACGAUACACGUUCAGCUUCACAGUGAAAGAUUCACCAGACCAUUUUAUUAAUGUAUCUUCUUGGGGCACUGAGGAUUACAUUCUGGGACUUAGUAGUCGAGUCAAGAUUGGAGACUGUGUUGUCAUUGAAAACCCCCUUGUUGUUACUAAAGAUCCUGAGAAAGAGGACAGAUUCUGUCCUACAACCCCAAGUUUUUACAGACUGCUGGUGACAGAAGCUCACUCAGCGAUUCAGAUGUGUUCUGAUUUGGACACGGAGCGCAGGCUGCUUUCUUUUUUCCACAUACCAGUAAAGGACUCGAGGGACUUUUACUCACUGGGAGACAUCACUGCAAAUGGUCAAACUCUAGAUGGAAACUUUAUCAACAUUUUAGCUGCUGUGCGAUCAAUAGGAGAGCCAAAGUGCUUCAAUACUUCGGAUGGACGAAAAGGUCAAAAGCUAGAAAUGAAACUCUUCGAUGAGACAUUGACAUCAUUUCCUUUCAUUUGCUGGGAUCGAGAAGCUAUUCAGUUUGUACAGACCCUGCCACCACGGGAGACAGUUCUCUUCAUAGUGGAUGCUCGCAUCAGCUUUGACACUUUUCGCAACUCUAUGGUGGCAACAUCCACAUCAAAAACAAUCAUUACUGUCAACCCUGACACACUGGAAGCCAACCAGCUUUUCAGUUAUGCCAAGGAAUUAUCCGAAAUUGAACUACUAGAUGAGCCAGAUGUAGAAGUGGAACAUAAUGUGCCUUUGGACUCUAUUAGUGAGGUACUGACAGUAAGUCAGAUUAAAGCUAAAGUCCAGGAAAGCUCUGAAGCUCUUUAUGGUAUGGUUUAUGGAUUCAUCACAACUCUAGCAUUAGACUCUGGUAUUUCCAAGAUUAUUCGCAGCAGGUGUGAUCGAUGCAAAUAUCGUGUCAGUGAGGAGAUUGAGGUCUGCACCAACACAGCCUGUCCAAACCAAGGACAAGGACAGGAAGUAACUGCAGCUUUCGAUCUGCUGGUGGAUAUCAGUGAUCACACAGGAACAUUGCAGGGCUGCAGCUUAGGAGGCACUGUUGCUGAGAAAACACUGGGGUGUACUUCUGAGGAGUUUGUGUGCCUCCCUGAGUCUGAACGGACGUCCAUGAAGUGGAGGUUUCUUCUGGAAAGAUGCAAAAUCUAUCUUAAGGUUUAUGCAUCAUCUAAAAACGUGAGUGGCAUGAGGGCGUGUAUCCUGUCCUGUACACUUGCUGAUCCAGUGGAAGUGAAGCAAAGCAUGUCUGCACUGACCAGCUAAAUCUAAUCUAAUGUUUUACUAAUCUAAAAUUAAAUGUAGUUGCUGUUCAAAUUAACCAAGUCAAAAUUGUAUUUAAAAUGUUGGUAAUUUGCGUGUAAUUAUUCGUGCGUGUCACUAUUAAGUUAAAGGUUCGUUUUGAAUGAUUAUAUCGAACAAAUAAACACAUUUGAAGGUAA